AUGAUCGAUUCGAAGGGGUCCGCACCUUCAUACAAGGCAUCCUUAGAUGUCAUAGAAACAAGAUAUGCCUACGCAGGAUGGUUCCUGCUAGGAAUUCUGCCAACGUUUGGAAUUGUUAUGAACUCAAUCUCAUCCAGAGUACACUACUCAUAUCUGGAAGUGCCUGAAGAUAAUUCAGGACUCUUUGAGUCUAAUCUGCUGUCCCUCACAAUAUCAUUUUCGUGUUUAGGACUUCUAGUAGCAUAUAUAUUUUGCCCUGUAAGCAUAGAAUGGCUCCUGUUGUCUAUUAUCAUGUCCGUCAUCAUGACGUUGCUCACAUUCAUAUCAUUGUUGUUGCCUAUUAUCUUAGCGAAACCAUUAUACGUAAUUUCGUUGUGUAUCUGCUGUUUCUUCCUAGGAAUGGUAGAAUUGAUAUCACUGACGUCUAUAAAGAGCAAGUUUAUAAGAGGAGAACCGAGGGAAAAAAUGUUUUUUUUCCUGCUAGGGCACCCGCAAGCCUACCUGCUGGUGAUAUUGAUCUCAACACUCCUGGAAUGUUCGUCAUUUGGAGGAGAAGAAUACGACUUCAUACACGAAUUAAUAGUGUUCGAUAUGUAUCAACUGCUGGUCAUAAUGAUAAUGGUGAUUCCAAUAUUUGUAGUAGUAUACUAUUACGUGCUAGAUAUGAGGGCUGAACAUUACAAGUGGGAUAAAACCAAUAUUUUCAACAAUAAAAUGUCAUACAAAAGGUCAAUUAGAAUGUUAGUAUCUAGGAUCCACUACGCAAUGCUACUGAUAGUGACGGAGUCAUCUGAGGCAUUCUUUAACUCUGUUAUAGUUUUGUUUUUGGUUGACCCGUUUCCACACUUUAAUAAGCUCUUUAAAACACUGCUGAUUUUCGUUUUUCAUGAAAUCUUCGAUUUGGUGGGAAGAUUAAUAUACACGGGAGUCAAGUGCAUCAUUUCAAAAUCAAAAGGAGAAAAGGUGGAUUUUUCUCAAAAUUAUAAUGGAGAUGAUGUGGAGGUUGGAGAACUUAAAGAAAAGGUGGUGGUUAACCUGGCUACUAACAGUAUUGGGAAAAUUGCGGAAAUCACCUACAAGAAGCUUUCAUCCAAGUCUAUGGUCGGAUUAUUCGUAGUCUGGUCGUGUCUGAUUGUAAGAAUUGCCAUUUGCUUCUGUAUGUUCUUUCAAAGACACUUUAGAGACGUGAGGUUCCUUAACUUCAUUGUGACGUUCCCCAUGGCUUUGAGUUUAACAAUCUUUAACUCGUUAGUUAGGGGUCUGGUUGUUUCCUAUGUAUACAUCAAACUGGCUGGAAUUAAGCAAAAUAGGAAUACAGAUCAGCAUUCUGGAGGUUUUAAAGAGCUUCAUGGACCCAAUGAAAUCAGACUGAGUUCGAGUGCUGAGUCCGAAGAAUGUCUUGACAUUACAGGGGACCCAGUCACAGCAGCCUGUCUUCUCAUUGGGUUAUUCAGGGUAAUUGAAAUACUUCCGUACAUAAUUUGGAACUACAUAGGCUUCAAGUACAACAGGAUCUUAUUUGAGUGUGAAUUAAUUUUGGAACAGUCUGGGUCUUGGCCAACUGACGGCAUGGACAGCAACUGUGCUAAGUUUCUCUGGUGGCUAAAGAUGAUUUUCAGGUCUAUUCUGCAUGACAUUACAGACCCUUUCGGGAAUCAUUAG